AAUAGAUUAUUACGCACAUCGUCCAGGAUGACAUCGCCGGCCGUGACUCGAGAUAAGUUUGUCUACAACGACGCGUUCCUCGCUCAAGUUGAUGACAACAAGCGGCACACACGUGCAUCAGUGCCCGAAUUGACGCACCUACUACGACCCGAGAGCAGCUCUGCGCCGCCAAAAGAUCAAGUCGGUCACUGGUAUCAAGCUCAGCUUCUACACUAUGGACUACCGCCGUCGAAAGACAAGAACACUGCCAAAGUGCGCCUUCUACAAGCCAUCAACGCCGGCACGCUCGCGGUUCCCGACCAUGUCAACAAGCUGGAGAAGGACAUGAAAAAAGAGUUCGUUGCGGCAGCAAAGAAGGCAAAGGCUGCAGAGAAAACCACGGAUGCUCCAACCAAGGGCAAAAAGAGGACACACGAGGAGGCCACGACCAACACAAAAGUCACUUUGACCGUCGGCGGCAUCACCAUCAGUGUUGAUCAGCAGACUGCUGCAUCCAUCACCUCUGCUGCUACAGCCGUGCCUUCUGCUGCAAAGAAGAUCAAAGCCACGAAGACAGCAGCAGACACCACAACUGCAAAGCCGAGGAAGACCAAGGACGAUGUGCCUGCUCCCAAGGCCAGGAAGCCAGUCGAGAGCGCCGCUACGACCAAGUCAAAGUCCUCGAACGCUGCCGACAAACCCGUAAGCAAGACUGCCGCAGCAAAGUCACAGGAGAAAGCGGCCUCGACCAAGCCGAAGGUGGCAUCAAAGCCCAAGGACGUCACAACGACAGCCAAACCAAAGGCAACACCCAAAUCGAAAGAUACCCCGGCCGCGGCAAAACCAGAAGCCGAGCCCAAGACCAAGAAGUUAGCAGAUACAGACACAAUCAAGCAUCCUGCACCCCCGAAGCAGACCGCUCGGAUAGUCAAGCAAGAAGACCUCGGAGGCUCACGCAUCAAGUCUGAGUCUGGAAGAGACAUCAAUGGCACUUACUGGCUACAUCUUCGAUCUCAUUCUCCCGCCAAUGUCCCUGACUUCAAUGGUCCACCUCGAAUUUUUAUCCACCACGAGGUCAACUCGAACAAACUCUGGGGUCACUUCACCAUCGGUUCAAAGACUGGAGUCUUGCGUGUCGAGAACUUCUCCCUCGAGAACUCUAGAGUUUGCGACUUUGAUUGGCGAGCUCGCGACAUAGGCACAGAUCAGCUGCGCUUCGGUCGUGGUUGUGAAGGGAUGAUGGAAUUCGGUAUUCAUGGUCUCGAGAGGGGCACUUUUAACCGCGUGUUCGAUGGUCUUGAUGUGGAGUUCGGUGUCAGUACUUUCACAAGGGAUACACAGAUGGAUUGGCCCGAGUGGAUGGAUCAGUGGGAGGACUUUGUGAAGAAGGCUUAUAAUCGCUAGGUAUGUUGGUGAGAAAUGUGUGCUAGGGACUACGUGACGUGCUCCUUGUAUCUUUCCACCGAAAGCGCUCCUUCGCCUGCUCAAAAUUGCAUUACACCCACCUUGCAAACCAGUAUCACCACAUUGCCGCAGUCCAUACGCGUCACUCUAAGACCAUGCUUCGGGUAUCGUUCACAGCGUGCACCGAAUCCCACAGCUUCGAAAAGACCUACAUGACCAUGACCUGCGACUUGCUAUCUACAG